AUUAUACGCUGUUGGCAGCUGAGGUAUUAUUUUAAAAAUGGCGACUGACAAAGGUUAUAUGUUUAUAUGUGUUAUCUUGAUCCUUACGUUACUUUCAACGCCAAGUCAAUCACGUCUCCAUCACCUGGAGCUUAAGGAUGAUGUGCGUCAGAGGGUUCACCUCAACACGUUCGGUUUCUAUAAAGACGGCUACAUGAGUGUGAAAAUGAACAGCCUGAGUGUGAGUGGAGCACCAGUCGACAACAUCGACAGCUCCACAAUUGGCUUUAGUUUGGACCGCACAAGCAGUAAUGGCUUCUCUACUUAUCUGGAUGAUGGCUUAGACUACUGCGUGUUAAAAAAGGUUCCCAGCAGUGAUUUUGCGGUGGUUCUUCUUCUGUUGGACUUCAAAAACAACCUAGUGAGGAUGAAGACAUCUGCAGAAGAGGGAAUGUUUCCUCACAUCAUUUCUCUGGUGCCAGACACAGCAGCAAGCAAACAGAAGUCACAAGAGAAACCUCAGUCUGUUGCUGAGUCUAAAUCCAAGCGGGAAAUAACUGAGAAUAAAUCUGAUGUCUCAUAUUCCCUGCAAAGCAAAGGCAAUAAGUACUCUUUUCAGUUUUACUUCAAUGUAACGACAGAGGAGCAGCAAGGCCUCUACAACUUCUACUUCCACAACUGCUUCUCCUCCACUUCUGCCAACCAGGAUGUGUCUUUACCAAACACACUAACUUUCAGCAUUGAUAUUAACAUAGAGGAGAAGAAUCCAGACAGCUUCCUGUCUGCUGGAGAGAUCCCUCUUCCCAAACUCUACAUCUGCAUGUCUGUGUUCUUCCUUUUUAUCGGGACACUUUGGGUCCACGUUCUUCGCACACGCAGAGCCGAUGUAUACAAAAUCCACUGGCUCAUGGCAGCUCUUCCAUUUACCAAGUCUCUCUCACUUAUUUUCCAUGCUAUUGAUUACUACUACAUCUCCAACCAAGGCUUUCCUAUUGAAGGCUGGGCUGUGGUGUACUACAUCACACACCUGCUGAAGGGGGCACUGCUGUUCAUCACAAUAGCUUUGAUAGGGACUGGCUGGGCCUUCGUCAAACACAUCCUCUCUGACAAGGACAAAAAGAUCUUCAUGAUUGUCAUCCCCCUACAGGUCCUGGCAAAUGUUGCAUACAUCAUCAUUGAGUCAACAGAGGAAGGCUCCAGUGAGUAUGGAUUAUGGAUGGAGAUCCUGUUCCUUGUGGACCUGCUGUGCUGUGGAGCUAUCCUCUUCCCUGUUGUCUGGUCUAUCAGGCACUUGCAAGAAGCAUCAGCAACUGAUGGGAAAGCUGCCAUCAAUUUGGCUCAGCUGAAGCUUUUCAGACACUACUAUGUGAUGAUCGUGUGCUAUAUUUAUUUCACUCGUAUCAUUGCCAUCCUCAUCAAGGUCAUUGUCCCCUUCCAGUGGAAAUGGCUCUAUCAGCUGCUGGAUGAACUGGCCACUCUGACCUUCUUUGUCCUGACGGGCCACAAGUUCCGCCCAGCUUCUUCCAAUCCCUACCUGCUGUUGUCUGUGGAAGACGAGGAGGACAUGGAAAUGGACGAUGUUGUAACUACAUCUACAGCCAUGGGGGAGGGGGUGAAAAAGGUGAAGAAGGUGUCAAAUGGCCCAUCAGAGGAGCGGGAGAGCAUGGCAUGAUGUGUGAAAUGUAGACUUUCAGGGAUCUAUCUGGACUUCAUGGCUAGUUGACAUGGCGGGCAUUUUACUUCACUCAUGAAGAACAUGGUGGAAAUUCCCACUGGAUGUGCUCAUGCUGGGGCAUGAUGUUAUAUCUCUGUAAAUGUUCUACAGACAGUAUAAAGACUCUUUAACCUCACUUUCUUUAUAGUUCUAAUGGAAAUGCUUGGUACUGUGCUUUGUCUUCAGUUAAUGCAGGUUGUUUUGCUUUUAUUUAUUUAAUAUUGUUUUUUUAAUUGAUAGUCUCUUCUUUGUGGCAUUUUUCCUGCACUUUCGAAAACACGAUCUGAGAAAAUAACAACUGCUUGUCACUAUGCAGAUUUCACAGUACUCCAGAGCCUAGAGUUUACUUACAGGUCUUACAAAUUUGAGUUGAAUUACUUUUUUUUGCCAAAAAUGCCAUGAACGUUAGCAGCUGUUAGCAGUUGGAAGCCUAUAUUUCCUGUAUAAAUGUACAGAUCUGAGAUAAUUGUACAGACACAAGAUUUCCUACCUUAAAUUAUGAACCCUGACUUUAUGUUUUCAGUGUCGGUUGUUAUUUUUUGGGGGGGGGGUUAAAAACAUUAUAGGGGAAAUAAAAAAAACAUUCUUAUGGUGAUGUUGUAAAUGAAUGAAUUGGUUUGUAUCUUUCAAGAGUAUCAGUCAUUUUAAUAAUAUUUAAGAUUGCAAAUCUUAAUUUAUUAUCGGUAUUACUUAUGAAAGGGUUUUAUUUUCAUGCUUAAUAUAUUUUGCUUAUUUUUUAAAAACCUGUGCCCCAUAUCAAUAUUCUCAGUAUUAAAUUGUGCAAUGGUUUUCUUUCUGUUGAA